ACGUCACUCAAUCAUUAAACAGGGAACUCGAUUUAUUACCCGUAGACGUCGUUGACCUGCGCCUUGGCGCCUGUGUUUCAUAUUGUCAUUUGUGUCUUUGACAUUAGAAAUGAGCCAGCCUGAAAGAGGAACGAUUGUUGAAGGUAUAGGGGAUGAGUUCUUUCAAAUCCUUGGUUUAAUCAUCGUAGUUGCAGUGCCUUUUUUAGUCGCCUAUCGAAACAGGUUAAGAUCAAUUGCGACAGGGGCUAUACACCCCGAGAGUGAAGCCCAUGUCCAGCAUACACGCACCCAGCUCCGCUAUGGCAGACCCAAUGCUGAUGACCAUGCUGCAUCAGCCAAUGGGCAAGCUACGGGGGAGUCAAACGGUCAACAAAACGGUGAGGGGCAGAGCAGCGAUGGACGGCAUGGCAUGAGUGCCCAGCCAUAUAACGGAGAUCGACCUUGCCCUAUUUGCCUUGAUGAGAAAGAAUGUGCAGCUGAGACGAACUGUGGUCAUGUGUUUUGUGGUAACUGUUUAAUUGCAUACUGGAGACACGGUACAUGGCUUGGUGCUAUAAGCUGCCCUGUGUGUAGACAAAUGGUAACAAUCAUCCUACCAGUCUUCCAAGAAGAUGAACAGAAUAGCGGUGAGGGGGGAAGAAUUAUGGCCGAAAUCAGGGAUUAUAAUCGAAGAUUCUCAGGAGAGCCAAGACCGUUUAUGGACUACAUCUACGAUCUUCCAACCCUGCUACGUCAUACGGCCCGUGACUUCUUCUCACUCCACGGGAUCGUCUGGAUGUUCCGUCUGAGGAUCAUCUUCUGCUUCGCGGCGGCCCUCCUGUACCUUAUCUCUCCUCUGGACAUCAUUCCUGAGGCUGUCUUUGGAUUUUUUGGAUUCUUUGACGACAUCUUUGUGGUCCUUAUCUUGGCUAUCUAUGUGACAGGCAUAUACAGGGGCAUCGUGGCACAGAGGAUGGAAUAGAGGCGAUGUCAAAAGUCAUGAAUUCUGCACGGAGCACUGCUUAGCAUUUGAAAGAACUUCUAGUGGGACCUGAAGGUUAAAGGAAGUGUAGCAUGACGAGACUACGUGUCUUUCUCGUGGCCUGACUCAAAGCCAAUCCGGUAUAAUACGACUACGGACGACGCAACCGCAGCAAUCACAUGCGUCCCACAUACGCGAAAUUGUGCAGUUGUCCAAAAGAAGACGAAGAUGGCGUUACCCAGUAUUUGCCAAGCUACACUCCCUUUAAAGGAAGGCAGAUGGAAUGAGUGGACCCAAUAUUCUUCAGGAUACUCUAGGCCUAUGUAGUAGCUAGGGUCCUUGCCUGUAUGUAACACACUGGUUCUACAAACUUCUUACGUCGAAACUUGCUAUGCUUCACUACCCCACACUCAUCAAAUUCCUGCCUUCAACCCUUGAUCAAACACUAUACCUGAAUUUAUCUCUAACGACCUGAAACCCAAUUGCAUAAAGUACAGACUGGAGCAAUGAUCGUGUCAAACUUGGUGAUAAUACCAGGCAUGGGAGACUCCAAACAGAGAAAUGACAAAAGAUACUUGACAAGUUGACAUACAGUCAACAGCUCAAUUAUUCAUACCCUUACCAAGUUCACAUAAAGGAAAUGGGGCACUAACAAGGAAUACAGCACUUAUUAGAAAGAAAAAGGGGCACUUAUCAGAGGUUUAAAAAAAAAGGACCAGCCCGCACCUGAGAAAGGGCACUUGUUAAGAGAGGGUAAGGGGCAUUUAUUACAAUGGAAAAGGGGCACUUGUUGAUGUAAAAAAGGCACUUAUCAGAAAGUGCUAAGGUUCACUUAUUAGAAAGAAAAAGGGCCACUUUGGGGAUACUUGAAAUAGUGGGGGCACUGUGCCUCAGCACCCCCUCCCCUCCUCCAUGAGUGCUGCCUCUGGCUUGUUCGUAAUAAAAGAAAGGGACAAUUUGUGGGAAAUAGUAAGUGAUAGGUUGAAAGAUGAGCAGCAGUCAAGGAGACACA